CGUCUCCAAAGUCUCCGCUGUAGACAUCUAAAAAAAUUCCCCGCAGACGAGGUGCGGCUUCCGUUCCUCUUCGCCGCUCGCCGCUGAACCCCGACUAGCCGGCGGAGUCGGGAGCACACCGGAUCCGCGGAGGCGCGAGGACAUGGCCAACUCCUCCUCCGCAUCCUCACGCUUCGGCUUCGCCGCCGCCCCCUUCUCCGGCCAAGUCCUCGUGCCCAGGGCAUCAGAUUUGAAGCUGAAGAGGCCAGGCUGAGAUUUCUGUCGGUUUGCUUUUAAACACUUGCCCCAAACCAGCGUGGCUAUGAGAAGGCAGGGUCCAUGGAGGUGCAUUUGGCUUUCUCAGUCAUGAGAAGCUGCAGGCAUUGGUGCAGGAUACAUCUAACUCCUCUCGCUCUGCCGCUUCCUUCUCUGAGGGAUUCACCUUUUGCCAUUCUCAAAAACAAGUCACCCUGGUAUUUUUUGGUGGAGCUCCGCCCUGUGCGUGCAAUUUCAUCAGUUUGAUGGCAGCCGUUCUAGCAUCUUUGCUUGGAUCAUGUGCCAAUAUAAGUUGAAAGAUAUCAUUAUUGAUGAGGCCAUACUAAUCUUAGGGGUGGAAAAGGAGCUCACUGAAGUGCUGCGAAGAGUAGAACUAAUACGGUGUUGCAUACAUGAUGCUGAGAAAAGGAGGACAAAAGAGCAAGCAGUAAACAAUUGGCUUGGUCAACUGAGAGAUCUUAUAUAUGAUGUUGAUGAAAUCUUGGAUGUGGCUAGAUGUAAAGGAAGCAACCUACUUGCUGAUGACCCUUCACCAUCAUCUGGCAAAUCAGUUGCAUGUAAAGGCCUUUCAGUUUCCUCUUGUUUUUGCAACAUCGGGCCACAUCAUGAUGUUGUUGUUCGGAUUACAAGCCUCAACAAGAAGAUACAGAACAUUUUGCAUGACAACUGAAUUGCAGGUGUUCUUGCUUCAAUAAAGAAAUACUGAGAGGGAGCUCAGUUUCUCUCAAUACAGAACAUGUACACGCAGGACGACGCGGCGGGCUUGAUCAGCUUAAGCUAUCCAUUCAUUGGCACGGACGAAUGCUAUUUGCUAGUUAAUUAAGCAGUAUGUGUUGACAAUAAGAAGCCAGUGGGCAAAGCAGCUAAUGGGUACCUCGCCAAUCUCUUUCUCACCUUCCCAGCUAAUGGCCAUCCUUCGUCUUCGCGGACUCUGCUAUCUAGCCUGCAGUGUUUACGCAAGCAGGGGGAGGGGCUGUAGCAGCUAUUAAUCAGAUCUGCCUUUGGUUAUUGUCAUGCCGAAAUUAAACAAGUCACCCUGACCCUGGUGUUCUUUGGUGGAUAUCUCUAGCGCCUAGUUUGCAUCAUCCAUGGCGACCAUACUAGAAGCUCUGCUUCGAUCAUGUGCCAGUAAGUUGCAAGAUAUCGUUACAAAUGAAGCCAUACUAAUCUUAGGGGUGGAAGAAGAGCUCGCAAAACUGCUGCAACGAGUUGAACUAAUUCAGUGCUGUAUAUAUGAUGCUGAGAAAAGGAGGGCAAAAGAGUUGGCAGUAAACAAUUGGCUUGGCCAACUGAGAGAUGUUAUAUAUGAUGUUGAUGAAAUUCUGGACGUGGCUAGAUGCAAAGGAAGCAAGCUACUGCCUAACCACCCUUCAUCAUCAUCAAGCAACUCGGCUGCAUGUAAAGGUCAUUCGGUUUUCCCUUGCUUUCGUAACAUUGGUUCACGUCGUGACGUUGCUGUUCGGAUUAGAACCCUCAACAGAAAGGUAGAGAACAUUUCAAAGGACAAAAUAUUCUUAACAUUCAACAGUAGUGCACAACCUAAUGGAAGUGGUCCAACAUCCAAACUGAUAAGAAGUUCCAACCUUGUUGAGCCCAACCUUGUGGGAAAGGAAAUCAUACAUUCUAGCAGGAAGUUGGUGGACUUGGUGCUUGCAAACAAGGAAAAGAAGUCUUACAAGCUUGCUGUUGUUGGAACCGGAGGAGUCGGUAAGACAACACUAGCUCAGAAAGUAUACAAUGACCAAAAAAUAAAAGGAAGCUUCAAGAUGCAUGCUUGGAUUUGUGUUUCGCAAGACUACAGUGAAGUAACUCUUUUGAAGGAGGUGCUCCGAAAUAUUGGUGUGCAUCAUGAGCAAGGUGAAACCAUAACUGAGCUGCAGAGAAAGCUUGCAGAAACAAUAGAAGGAAAGAGUUUCUUUCUGGUUCUAGAUGAUGUAUGGCAUUCCAAUGUAUGGAUGGAUCUAUUAAGGCCUGCAUUACACAAAACAACAUCUGGAGUAAUGUUGGUAACCACACGAGAUGAUCAAAUUACAAGGAGAAUAGGCGUAGAGCAUACCCAUCGAGUUGAUCUCAUGUCAGUAGAGGUGGGAUGGGAGCUACUUUGGAAGAGCAUGAAUAUUGAUGAGAAAGAAGUGCAGAAUUUAAGAAACACGGGGAUUGAGAUUAUCCGUAAAUGCGGUUGCCUCCCUCUUGCAAUCAAAGUUACUGCCAGUGUUCUGGCAAGCAGGGAUCGAACAGAUAAUGAGUGGAAAAAGAUUUUGAGAAGAUAUGCUUGCUCCCAGAACAUGCUCUCUAAUGAAAUAGAAGGAGCUUUGUAUCUAAGCUACGAUGAGUUACCAUAUCGUCUGAAGCAGUGUUUCCUUUAUUGUGCAUUGUAUAUUGAAGAUUCUACCAUUCUGCGCCGUGUAAUUACCAGGUUAUGGAUUGCUGAAGGCUUCAUUGAGGAGCAACAAGGCCAACUUCUAGAAGACACAGCAGAGGAGUACUACUAUGAGCUAAUCCAUCGGAAUCUCCUCCAACCAGAUAACGGAUCUUUUAACCAGGCUGAAUGCAAAAUGCAUGACCUCUUAAGACAGCUUGCUUUGAGUAUAUCAAAAGAAGAGUGUUUUAUUGGUGAUAUUGAAACAUUAAGUGGUGAGAAUAUGUCAAAACUACGACGAGUUACUGCCGUGAGUAAGAAGGAAGAAUUAGUGUUGCCUAGCAUGAAUAAGGUGGAAGCUAAGGUGAGGACUUUCUUUACUGUUCAUGGUCCACGGAGCAUUGAGUAUUCAUUGUUCAAGAGAUUUUUGCUUCUUCGUGUUUUGGUACUGAAUUACUCACUUGUACAAAGCAUUCCAGAUUAUAUAGGAAGACUGAUACAUCUACGCCUACUUGAUCUUGAUUAUACUGGCAUAUCUUGUCUUCCGGAAUCCAUUGGCUCCCUACAAAACCUUCAAAUUUUGAGCUUGAAUUAUUGUGAUGCUUUGCACAAUCUUCCUUCGGCGAUAUCCCAAUUGUACAGUUUAAGAUGCCUUAGUCUUCUUGAUACAAAAAUAAAUCAAGUUCAGAAAGGGAUAGGAAAACUGAAGUUCCUCACUGAUUUACGAGGGUUUCCGGUUGGGGCGGGAAUUGAAAAUGCUGAUGUACAAGAUGGAUGGAAGUUGGAAGAGUUGUCAUCUUUGUCAUUGCUGAGGUAUCUUACGUUGGUUAAAUUGGAAAGAGCGGCUUGCUAUAGUACAAAUACAUUACUGACGAACAAAAACCAUCUAAAAGGACUAGUACUGGACUGGACAUCAUAUUCAGAAGAUGUUAGCACUGAGGAGGUCUUUGAGCAGCUAAUACCUCCAAGCAACCUGGAAACCCUACAUAUUAUUGGAUUCCUUGGUCGGCAAUACCCCAACUGGUUUGGUAACACUUGUUUGUCUUCGCUGGCACAUGUGACCCUUAGAAAUCUACGAUGUGUGGAUCUUCCACCUAUUGGCCAGCUACCCAACUUGAAAUUUCUAAGAAUUGAUGGAGCAUAUGCAGUUACCAAGGUUGGCCCUGAAUUUGUUGGUUGCGGGAAGGGUGAUCCCCUAUGCAACGAAUUAGUCGCUUUUCCUAAACUUGAAUGGUUAGUCCUCAAGCAUUUGCCCAACUGGGAGGAGUGGUCUUUUUUUGAAGAAAAAGAAGAAGCAGAAGAUGCUGAUGAUGAAGGGGGAGCAAAUGGAGUUGCUGAGAUUCAAAAGGAGGACGCCCAAUCUGCAAGGUCGCGUCUGUUUCCUCGUUUGGUGAGGUUGAAACUUGAAGGCUGCUUAAAGCUGAGGGCUCUACCGCGACAACUUGGAGAGGACACUGUCAGCUUGAGGAAGCUCGAAUUAAUUAGAACAAACAACUUGAAGGCCGUGGAGGACUUCCCACACCUCACUGAGCUCCUUCAUAAAUGUGAAGGCCUGGAGAAGGUCUCCAAUCUCCCUCAAGUGACAGACCUGCAAGUACGUGGUUGUCUGAACUUAAGCCGUGUAGAGGGGCUGGGCAGUUUGCAGCAGCUGGGGCUGGGCGAGGAUACGCAAGAGAUCUCUUCCCACUGGGUGCUUGGGCUUCAAAACCAGCACCAGCGACUUUAUGGCGAAGACCUGGAUGUCUACUCGUUGUCUACCAGUUAGAUGGCUCAAGCGUAGGACUGAUGGUGUGGCUCACUUCCACGGGCAGACGUGCUAAUUAAGUUGAGGAAGCCUGCCAUUGCUGAAGAUGCGCGAGUACCAUGAUGGAUGUGCAACGAGCUGGUGAAGAAAGAAACUGUCCUGUUUUCCUUUGGGCUGUAUCGAGUUUUGUUUUGUUUAUUUCCAAAUUUGGGCCAGAGGCCUUUGCUGUACUGAAUCUCCUGCCUGUGUGGUAUUGUUUCACUUAUUUAUUCCUGAACUUGGGGCUGGUGGCCUUUGCUGUACUGAACAAGUGUGGCAUGGUAUCGUUCUUUUAAUUGAACCGAUGGAUUUCGUUUAAGCA